CGGCGAGAUAUUUGACGUAAAAAAAUAUAAAUUACAAAUGGCGUUUACAUAGAAUAGACAGAUGUGUUCACGGCCACGAUGGGCGAUGAUUCUUUGAUAUUACGAGAAGAUGGUUAUAUACGUAUGAACUUUCCUGUUACUUCAUUAACGUAUCAUAGUAAUUUAAAUAUAAUAUUGGUGAAGACUGACGUAGGUGGUGUACACGUUUUGGAUGUGAACUCUGGUGUGAUCCUCCAGUCUUCUUGCCUGUCAGCGGAUGACGGAGGCACUCUCGGCGUUGAGUAUGCGGCGGGUGCGGAUCGGGUCUUCGUUUGGGAUGGUAGUGGUGUGGGCGCCCGCACCGAUUACAAUGGGGUACUCCUCCUUCACACGGCGCUUCAGCGUCCGCUCAAAUCCUCCAAACCAGACAAAAUCAUCCGCAUUGAGCUAGUUUUGUCUGAGGCUGUGCUGUUGUAUCAGUGCUUGCAAAGCCUUGAUGCUCAUUCCAUUGAUGGCCUCACUGACUUCAUAAAUGAACUUAAGAACUCCAUUGAUGCAGAGCCUGUUCGCAAAGGAGUGAAAGCACAGAAGUGGAGCACAGUUACCAUCUGCCUGCCACAAUCGACCGUCCGGUUGGUGACUACUGGGGUAGUGCAAGAACUGAAGGGUCAGAAUCGGCGUAUUCCAGCGCUGGCGAUAGCCUCAGCUGUGGGCCAGCGCGCCAACGAACUCGUGCCCCGAUCCAGAGAUGAGGAAGCCCGGCCGUUGAUGUACUCUGAGGCGGAGCGGAAAGAAACUUUCAAGAGGUGGCCUCAUAUGGAUUACAAAUGGGCGUUACCAGCGCGUAUGGCGCAAGCCGGGUUCUACCACCAGCCUACGCCGAGCGGCGACGACCGCGCGAUGUGCUUCACAUGUCUCGUGUGCCUCGUGUGCUGGGAGAAGUCGGACGAGCCCUGGGUGGAACACGAGCGGCAUUCGCCGAACUGCCCCUUUGUACGGGGCGAAUACACUCACAACGUGCCUAUAUCGGUAUCAAACGCGACAGCUUGUGCCGUUCCCUGUGCCAACGUAAAAGUGGUUUCUAAAGGCAACUCUGGAGACUUGAUAGCCUGCGGUACUGUGGAAGGUGGACACAAUAUUGUGAACAUUUGGAAGUUCGAUUGCGGCCUCAAGCUGGUCAAAUUCAUCCAUCUGUCGCCCUACGACUCCAUAUUCAGCGGCAUUCUGUGCACCGAUCUCGAUAAAGUUUGGUCCACCGGAUUAGAAAAAGAUACUUCCACAUACGAUUUUGAGCUUACAGCGAUGUCAUUUGUCGGUAUGACGUCACAGCAAGAAGCGUAUCCCCAAGCACAAAGCACGGAAAACACGGAGAAGGAGAAUACUAACAAUAAAGCGAAGCCCUCUCUGAUAUGCGCCAUCACUAUCACUAGGACAAACACGGCGCCUUCCAACCAACCCAUUCAAGAGGACUCGAGCAAAGCUCUGUUCGAUUCCGGUGUAGAUAAAUCCAAACAAAGUGUACAGGCCAUGAACGAUCAAAACGAAGCAAAGAGUAAUCAAACGCCUACAGACAAGAUGCUGUUCCUUCUAACUUACGACAUACACAGCUCGUUAGGCGGCUCGAUUACCACAGUAGUGCACACAUCAAAUAGUAGCGGUAACUCUAAACAUGGCGGUAGUAAGAAGGUGUUAACUGUAGCGAGGAAAGACGACGCCAACAUUUACGACGAAGUCUAUUUUCAAUAUUCGGACGAAGACACGGAACUUCCUCAAUGCACUAGCAGUUUAAUGGAUGAGCAAAUCAGUAACGUAAUAAACUUGAACGCGUCCUCGAGUAAAGAGGAUUGUAAAAUAUGGGAACCUAAAAAGAUUAAUUUUACGAAGCAUUCUAAAGUGCUGCCUCCGCCGCCACCGACGGCGCUGUUGCCGGAAUUACCUGAAUCGGGGCAAGGGAGCAUGCUGGAUUUCGUAGGGAAAAUCUCGCAGCUGAAGAGUUGGAAAAGCGGUAAUCUGGAGUCUGUCGGCACAAAACUAGCAGACCAAACUGACGCAGUACUCCAAGCUGAUCCUAUAACUCAUUACCUUAACAUGAAUGGACCUUUAGAAAUUUCAGACCUGAAAUGGUAUGAAGGAGGCGAUGGCACUGAAAAGAUUAAGGUUACGACUUUCGGCGGAACAAAGGUCAAGGCGCAGACUGUCAGUAAUAGCAACAAUGAUGGCUUCGACAGCGAUCCUCCACAGGAAGAGGUGACACAGGCUGUCGCUAUUCAGUGCUUAAGUCUUCCAACAAAACUGAACUUGAGGGAUGACUCCAAAGUUACACACUUGUUACCCACAGAGGACAAAGAACAUCUGCUAGUUGUAAUAUCUAGUAUAGAGCCUGAUAAAGUUAAAGUAGAAGAAGAAACCGAUGGUGACGGUGACACGAAGAUGGAUGUAGAUGAGACAUCCGACCAGACAGACAAGGACAGCUCUGACACAAAGGCCUAUUUCCUUUUGUAUAAAAUUAACAUUAAAACUUCCGUAUUCACUUUGGAGGAUAAUCCAGUCACAGUCAAAGAGUUGCCAUUCAACGAGAGCCCCGUUGACUUGUGUUUAUUACCUAAGGAUAAGCACGAUCAGUACUCAUUUGCAGUGGUCGGCGUCGACGGUAAUUUGCGGUUGUAUUCCCUACCGGACUUCAGGAUGUUGUCUGAGAAACGAGUUCCAAAGGGACAGUUUACUUCCGUUACGUUUUGCGCAUCUGUCGAACGUCUAAGUGUAUCGACGAAGUACGGCAUGAUAUACUUUUAUGCUCUAAACAAUGGAGAGCAGGAUUCCACGGGAGAUGCGGACGAAGAUGAAUUCGCCAAUAUUGAUUUCGACAUGCUACAGAAAGCGCCUCGAGACGAAGUGUGCGGCCCGACGCCCGCACCAGUCAUUAUCGCUAAUAAGACUGAGUUGGAUGUGAAUGACUUAGAAACAAUGAUAUCGCUAACAGGGUCCUACGGUACGAACACGACAGUGCCUUAUAGCGCAGUAGUGCCCGGAUUCUGGUGCGAAUUGUCGCCAGCGCAGCGCUCCAGAUCCGAUCAUCAGAAUAAUAGAACUUGGAGGCUGCAGUCCUCCACUUGGGAUGAACACGUGUUGGAGCUUACACUCCCCUAUAGCGCCUCACUUGCUCAUAUAGAAUUUGGCUUCACAUUACACACGGCAUGUUCAACAAACUUGCCAAUAAUUCAAGUAACUUUACUUAAACAAAAUUUACAUGGCUUAGGAUACAAGAAAGACGCUUCUUUCGGGCACAGGUCAGACUCGCCCGUGCACAUUUCGGUCGAUGCCGACAAUGCGACAACUUUAGAGAAUCCUGUGAACAGCGAAGAGUAUCUUCAGGCGCACAAUGCUGAGAUUCUAGCUGGACCGUUGCUUUUAUCAUCAGGAUUAGACUUGACGCAGCAAUCUGGUACUUUGAUUUUGACAAGUCCUCGGCUUCAUAGGGCAAGAGGCAGAACAUUUCUAAUUCAUAUAAAAUCUUUAUUUGAUCCUGCGAAAGACAUGGCGAAAGGUCCGGCUAAGUCUAGUGAUAACGGUUCUAAGAAGUCUGGCUUCAUAGGAUGUGAUUGGCUUCAUCAGAUCUCGCUGACUGUUCGCGCCAGUCCACCCUCUGAUGUGCCGAUGGAGCGCCAGCAGAGAAUAGCAAUGCUCGAGUCGAAUGCAUUCCUGAACACGCUCUGCGAGAUAGCCGUUGGCAGCGGCAAUUCCGAAAAACGUAAACUGGCAUUAGAUUUACUCAUUUGGACUGUAUCAAUUAGAUUGCAACGCAUGCGUACUGCGAAAUCAGAGAAAGGCAAAAGCAAGGAAGCAAGCAAUCCCGUGGAGAUGCAGCAACUCGAAUGCGUCCGGACUAUCGAGCGACACACCGAUGCCCUCGUUAAGAAUUGCAUUUUAUGCUCAAACAGAAGUGUCGCCAAGAAAUGCGUCAAGAUUAUGUUGAUCACUAGCGAGGGUGUGAAACAACUUCCAAAGCCGUGGAAGUGUACGUUCGAACAGACGCUGAUGAGUAGCGUAAGCGCGUGCAUACCAUACUUGGGGGCUUGCGAAUCACCUGGUGCUUUGCGUUGGUUGGCAGCGUUAGCACAGCAUACUACCCAACGGGCAGCAGCUGCAGACUUAGUGCGGAACUGUCUCGCGCUGCUGGAACGAACCGCGCGCUGUCUGCGAGACCGCGCCGACGUGUACCAUCAGUUGCUGCGCGCGAGGUUCGGUCUGUACGGAUUGCCGCUCGAGCGUACGAUCUUCGCAGCGGAAGUGCCUGAGUUAGGACGCGGCUCCUCCACGCCCGUGACUUACGCGAGCGUACUAACCGGCGACUCGGCCACGCCGCCCAGUGCCAAAACCGACUGCCAGCUCAAAGACUUGCUCAACUUACCACCCGAUAUUGCUUCCCCGACAGACUCGAAGACGCCGCCGGUAUCGGUAGCGGCGUGGGCUCAGAACAACGGCGUGGGAGUGUUCGGGGCGGGGUUGAGUGAAGCAAUGCCGUUACACGUGACUUGUCACGUGGCGUCUGACGGUACGAAGUUGGAGUCUACCGGGGCGAGGCAUCACCCCGCCGUGGUCAGCUCGUUCCCUGGCGGUUUCGGAGGCGCUGAUCCUAAUCAGUUAUGGUCGGUCGUGAAGGAAGGUCAGACGAAGCAAACCUCUCAGGACCCCGACUCUUUGGAGGACGUCGAGAGCUCGCUGAUGGAGUGCGAUCCUCAGGAGAAACUCGAGUUCUCCGAAGAGAAACUUUUUAAGGAGCAGGAACAAUGCAACAUCCCUUGGGCGGCGUUGGUGACGCGGCCGCCCCAACACACGCUGGUGGUGGAGCGGAUGCAUUCAGGCGCUCGCCGCUACAUCGUGCUGGACUUCGGCCACGCUGUGAGACUGACUGACGUGAUAAUACCUUCGUGCUCUGACCUGGUGACCUUGUGCAUUGACAUCUGGGUGGUCGGGGAGGAGACGGAUUGCGUCAAGCUCGCAUUCGCUACUGACAUUGCAACGAAGCACUUGGUACUCACGGAUAUACAGCCACCUCCGCUCUGUCGAUAUAUGAAGAUAACGACGAUAGGCCGGUACGGAAUGUCGGCCAUGAAGUGCAAGAUACCUCUCGGUUGGUUCUACGGUGAGAUCGCAGAAAUCGCUAACGUACAACCCUCUGUAAACGCACUCAACGCACUGCAACAGGAUUUAUCCUGCCGAUUUAGGUUAGCAACCGGCAAACUGAUGGACUUGCUCAAUCCCUACUUGGAGCUCUACAACGGCAACGCCGCUCAUAUGAUGGCUUACUUGAACAUCGCCAAUGACACGGAUCACAAUGUAGUAGCGGCAUACCAGGAGUGCAUAGAGCUGCAGCAGCAGAUGCAUACAUGCAACAAUAUUCUUAAGAAGCUGCAGAACGCGCCCGAUUGCAACCCCAAGCUUUUAGAAAUGGUCAACAAGGGAAAGAUAACCUCGGAAGCAUUGCUAGAACGCGCUUCAACGGACAAACUGACAGUUAUCAGUGAGAAUAUUGUGGACAUGCUCCUGUAUUUCUUCUUCCAAUUGGGCGAUGUGCCGCAUGAGCCCGUAGGCGAGGCGUGGUGCCGCAACGUGUGCCCCGUGUCGUGGGAGUGUGGCGGGCGCGCGGGCGCCGCGUUGGCCACACUGGUGGCGCGGCUGUGCGGCAGCGCGCGCUGGUGGGGGCCCUACCUCGCCGAUACGCUAGCCGCUGCGCUUGCGCACGCCGACGCCCCGCCGCGGGCCCUGGACAGAUGCCUGGUCCUUGUGAUGUAUAUGUGCCGUAAGAGCUUGUUCGCUCAAGCGGACCCCGAGCAAGGCGUGGCUGCGGCACUAGCGGAACGCGCAUUGGCCUUAGUUCGAGCACCGCGACCGCAGCCCGCUCUCACUGCCGCGCUACUCACCGCGCUCGCUGCCGCGCUAGAUGCCGCUGCUGCCACGCCCGCGUCGUCUCCCUCGUCUCCGCGGCAUAAUAGGUGGGAUUGGGUGACGGGCGGCCGAGUGGGCAGCGGUGGAGGUGAAUCUUCCAGCUCAUCCUCCCCACGCACCACCGAGUGCAAGCUGCACCGCCGCAAACUGCACAAGAAGCUGCUUCACCAGAUGCAGGAGUUGGAAGCCGCCAGGCGAGGCACACAGGUCGCUAUAGAAGAUCAACAGCGCGUCCGAUUCAGUUUGAAAGCGCGCAUGGCUAUGGUGGGUAAACGAAGCGAUAGCAGCAGUAAGACUGAAAGCGGCGGCGUCGAAGUCAGAACGGCCCGCCCUUUACCCGCUUCUCUAGCGUCUGCUCUGGGCGCCGCCCUGGUUCAGCAUAUGCUGUACGCUGAUAGUUCUACGGAUGGCGACGCGUUAUUAUUGUGCGCUAAGGUUGUAGGCCGACUAUGUGCAGUGUGCGGAGGUGCGGGUCUAUUAGACCCCGCCAGCAUACUGGGCCUGGCCAGGCUCGCGGUCACUCUGCCGCCUUGGCCUAGGCACGCGCUGACUACCCUAUUGCAGGACUUGGUGGAGUAUGAGAGUGGCAAUAGUAGUGGGAGUACACCGAGCGUGACCGACGAAGCUUGGUCGGCGCCCGGAUCGUCGCGACUCUCGCGCCCUUCGCAUCGACCGAAAGGUGCCACUGUCGCAGACUCAUCCACAAAAAUGUUGUUUGCAGAUGCGUUAGCCGAUAGUUUUGGUCUGGCGAAGAGUAGCAACUUUAGCAAGCCCAAAGUAGCCCAACAAGACUCAAUUAAAGACAUUGACAUUGACGAACAACUGACGCAAGUUACUGAAUCAGAUGAUUCCGACACUGAGGAGAAAGUGGAGCAGUACUUCUUAGAUGCUGUCAAGAAAGAGACCAGGAGUAAACCCUGCAUCGACAACAGUGCCAGCGUGGUUUCUGUAUGCUGCGACGCGCGGGUGGAGAGUGGGGCGGGCGGCGCAGGGGCGGCAGCGGAGGCGUUAGCGAGGCGGGCCCUGUUAGCCACUGGCGGGGCCUUAGCGCGGGCGUUACGUGCGCAUACUCCGUCACCUCCGCCGCGACCGCCCGCGCCUGUUACCGCCACCGCCACCGCUGCCUCCGCGGCUACUCCCACGCGACACCACCCGCCUCUCACGCACACGCUGUACGAUGUCUUUAGGCAUCUCGCGCUCGAGUUCCACACGCAGAUGGAUUGCACAUUCAUGGAGAACGUGGUGGCGCUAUGGCUGACGUUGAACGGGUCUGCGUGGGGCGGCGGUGCCUGGUCUUUGGCAACGCUGGCCGUGCCCGCCGACGCUCCGCGCGUGAGGCUCGCCUCCGACACCGUCAACGCGCUGCUGCAUUCACUGUGCACAUUAGAAAACAUAUCACUCAGAUGCUGGGUGUUAUCAAUGCAAGCGCUGGCAUGGAUUACCACUUUACCUCUGCAGAUGGAAGGUAGCACCCAAACGAUGGGCCGCGUCAUCCUCGAGUGCGAGCACUUUGUACCAGCGGUGGUGAAGUUCAUCACGAUGAAUGUCAACAAUGACGGCGCUGUUGUCUCCUCGGAACCUUAUCUCGGCGGCGCGAGCAUAGGCGCAGGCGCGGGAGCGGCAUCGGCGUUGCACUCCGUAAUAUCGCGCGUGGUGUGCGCCCGGGGAGCAUGCGGUGCUUUAGCGGCGCUACGCAUGGUGGCGCUAGUGUGGCGCGGCGACGCGGGCCACGCGUACGACCUGCAGGCCACGCUGCUGCGCCUCGCGCACCCCAUGCUGCAGCUGCUGCCCGCGCGACACACGCCGCACGCCGCCGCGCUCAUACACACUGUCGCUCAGUUAUCAUGUGCAUGGGUGCGGGAGAGCAGCGGGGGCCGCUGGUCUGGUGGGUCGGAAGCUCGUUUGUCCGGCCUACUUGCCGACGUACUGGGCGGUGCGGCAGUAGGCAGGCGAGCGCCGCUCCGACGCGCGGUGCUGGCGCAGCUGUUGCACUACUGCAGGAAGCUGCUGGCCGCACCGGCCGCGCCCGCGUCACACGCCGCUCCAUCGGCGUCAAGCCCAAGCUCAUCGAGUGAACAAUCACAAACGGACGAGAGUAAAGCACAACAACAGGAAGCCACUAACGUGGAAGACGAAAGAAAACAGCAGGCUGCGCGUACGCCUUGCCAUGCUGACACUGUGCUGCAACAUCCACAUAUAAUGCAGAGAUUCUACAAAACUUUAUCGAUGUGCGAUGGAAUGAACAGUCUAUUAUUGAACUCCGGUAUGAGCUCUGAGCCAUCAGGUGAAUAUUCUUCGCUGAAAGAAGAGGUAUUCUGGCUUGUGGCCACCAUACCCAAUGUGGCUGCAAACCCUGCAGCCAUGGUCAGCAGUCUCAUAGAGUUUCUGAGGAAAGAAGAAAUAGUUCAUCUGUCGCAAGCGAUGCAGCAAUUAAUUAUCCGGCUGUUGGACAAGCCCGAAGCCUUGUCGGCGUUCAUUGAGGCAGGCGGGUUGGAAUUAGCUAUUGAAAAAUUGACAGCCUGUCAUCAGUCGGGGCCGAGUAACAGCCAGGGGCUAGUGUCCUCGCUGAUGAACUACCUGAAGUUGCCACACCAACUGGUGAAUCUGUCCACGCCCGCCAGCGGAAAGAAGAGCCAGCCCCCGGUCAUCGAGACCGCCAAUGGGCUUGUCAAUAUUGCGCCGUUAUGCACAGUAUCGUGCGGCAACCCGACCGCGCAGGCUGCGGACGUACUCCUAGAAGGCGGCGGAUCGCGCGGCUCCUGCGCGGCGAGACGCGUGCGGGCGGCCGCCUGGUCCUACCACUUCUUCAGCGCCGACGACACCUCCCUCGCGCUCACGCUCACGCUGCCCUACGCCGCGCUGCUUCACGAGCUUCAGUUGCAGCCGCACCUCACGAGCCUCGCUACAUGCCCAGGCGCUGUGGGCGUAGAAGCCGGUUGCGGCGGCACAGUGGCGCCACUGGGGCCGCCUCAAGUGACGACCGGCAUGACGUUCAUCCGACUGGCACUGGCGCGGCCGGUGGUGUGCUCCACGGUGCAGCUUCGGCUCUACCGCCCUCGCGACUCCGCCAAUAUGGGGCUGCUGCAGCUGCGGCUCCUAGUGGCUCCUGCCUUUUCCCCGAAUUUGUGCCCGCCGCCCUCCAAGCUCGCCGCGAAUAACUGGGCGUGCGUGAUAUCGGCGUGCUCGCGCGCGCGCCUCAGCCCCGCGCGCUGGGAGUGCCUGACGGGCGCGGGCGCCGUGAGCGCGCUGUGCGCGUGCGUGGUGGGGGGCGGGCCGGCCGCGCACCACGCGCACCACGCGCUGCUGGCCGCCGCCGCGCGCGCGCCGCCCGGCCCCGCCCGCCUGCUCGCCGCGCUGCUCAACAUGGACGCGCAUGCGCACGCGCACGAAUUCCAAGUAUCGAACAGCAGCACGAGCGGGGCGAGCGGCACGGGCACGAGUGGGGGCGGCAGCAUGAGCAGCGUGUGUGAACUGAUCCGCCAAGUGUGCGGCCGCUGCCCGAGCGGUGCUGUCCACGCAUACCUGCAGUGGCUGUCUGCCGCCGCCGAGACCUGGCUGCGGGAACAGAAGCCGCCCUCCGCCGCGCUCACGCAUACGCUCGCCACGGUGCUAUGGAGUUUAAAAGAAGAGAAGACUUUAGAAAACUUAGAAGAAUUGAUAACGGACGAUCUAUUCGAACUAGUCUACACUUGGGUUAAAGAUGUACCUGAAUCCAGUCUCCUGAAGAAAUCUCUAGAUGCCAUUCUGUGCUCAAUGUGCUAUAUUAGGCCGGAAUUAUUCAAAAUGUUGCUGGAACAAAUGGACAUACCGAUAGAUCACGUAGAGAGUAUGGAGGGUCUGACGGACGAUACUAAAGUGUCUGCGGUGCCUAUGGUGGAAUCUCAAGAGUGUGAUAGUAGCGUUGCUUGGAGAUUACGUGGAUGGCAGUUGCAGAGUGUGGCUGCAGCUGCGAUGUCUCCUGACGCUACUUUGGCGUUAUUGAGAUCUAGACUGCCCGCCGCUGUCGUUCGUGCGCUUGCAGAGUACAGUGAAGCAAAAUUGGAGUUAAUAAAGAAGCAGCUAAGUUCCUCAGAAGAUGUCACCAUGGUUGAUUUAGAAAAGGAAGAAAGGAGUCCCAUAAAAACAGAAUUGCCAUCAAUGAAGAGCGUGUGCCAACUAGUGGAGUUCUUGCGGGCGUUGUGUUCCGACCGCCGGUUGAAGGAUUGGCUGGGCACUGCCGGCUCGUGCUUUUGGCAGCCGUUACUCAUGCUGCUGUGUUAUCCUAGACCAGCUGAAAGCACGUGGCAGGAGGGUGCGCAGUAUGCUCAAUUGGAGGAGAACACAAUCCGACUGUUUGCAGAACUAAACAUUUGCCAUCCUGCUAAUCAAAAACUGUUUGCACAUACUCUACAUAGGAUAUUAGAAUCACUACACUGUACAGGUCCAGAGGGCAUCUCCGGGUUCACGCGAGCGCUGAUCCUGCGCCUGGUGGUGUCCGGGGAGCGCGUGCGAGUAGCGCUGGUGUGGGGCGGGGGCGUGCGGGCGCGCGCGCUGCCCCCGCACCCCGCCGCCCGCGCGCGGCACACGCUCACCCUGCCGCUCGCCACCACCGUGCGCGCGUUGCUGGCCGAGCACCGCCCGCCGCUGCCAAUAGUGGACGACGCAGCCAAAAUGUGCGUGAACCCUUCAUCGAGUGGCGUGGGUUCGAUACUACGCAGUGCAUCAGACACCGCUAUAAUGACCGUAGCGGACGCAUGGGAACUCAGCCUCGCCGCCGCCAGUGCGUCCAAAGACAAACGCGUCAAAGACGUGAAGAACACCUCGCUCAAACAGCAGAACCACAAGAAACGACAGCUCAAAAACAACAAUGAACCGUCCGUGCUCUCUGUUACCGAUGAAUUAAUAGAAACGACGAUACGUGUACAAGUUCCUGGGCUAGAAGGAUUUAUUCCUGGCCACACGACGCUGGCGCAGUUGGUGGAAGCGGCGCCUCAUGUGUUCGGACCUCAUCUCACACUCACAUUACAUCUUAAUACUGAUGGAGAAGUGUGGUCCGGCCCGACAUGGGAGCCGAGUCCGAGCACCACCAGCGCCGGCACCGGUGCGGACGGGUCCCGUGCGCGGUGCAGCGGGCUAGUACUGCGUGAGUUCGGUGCUUGCGGCGGGCUUGCAUUAGUAGCGGCUCGUCUGCCGCGCCCGCACGCGCCGCCUCUCGCGCCGCCCGCAGCGCCCCCGCACCACGACCUCGACUGGGUCAAGCUGGACGACCCGUACGAGGAGGUGGUGGAGCUUGGAGUCAGUUCGGGCAGCAGCGCGCUAGGCGUGGAGGAUGGUGGGUGCGCUGGAGUCCCCGCGCACGCGCUCGCGGCGCUCGGGCUGCUGCUGAAGCUGCCGCGCUACGCCGACGCGCUGCUGGACGAGGGUGCGCGCGCCGUGCAUCUGCUGCGCCUGCUGCUGGGCGUCACGCACACCGAGGACGGCCGCAGCAUAGUAGUGAGCGGCGGGUCGGGCUCAUCAGGCGGGGCGUGGUCGCUAGGAACACUGCCCUUCCUGGUGGUGUCGCGACUGCUAGAGGGCGCCGGUGACGUGUCCAGCGCAGAAGCUCUGGCUUUGAGACGAGCUCUACUAGCACUCGGCGCUGUUCGCCUUGUACUCGCGUGCCUAUCUGUCUUUACUCAUCACCGUCCAGCCUCCAGUGACAACAGCCAAGCAUCGAACGGUUCGUCGGGCAAGUCUGAAGAGAAGAGCCAACUGUACUGGGCGAAGGGCACAGGCUUCGGCACGGGUUCCACACAGCAGUCAUGGAACGUCGAGCAAGCGUUAGUACGGCAACGGACUGAGGAGGAACAUGUCACUGUAUUAUUGCAGGUGUUAGCAUCAUACAUGAAUCCCGGGGAGAAGUGGCCGCCCGAGGAGAACUCCCCAGAGGAGGAGCCUCCCCCCGCGCCUGCUUCAAGUUCGACCACCGACGCCAACGAUUCCACCGACUCCGAGCCUCACCACCUGCCUCUAGAGUUCAUCGACCUUGUCGCCGCCAGCUCGCUAGUGCCCGCCAUCUGCUCCUACCUUAGAAAUGACUCGGUGUUGGACAUGUCGCGGCACAUUCCCCUCUACGUAUGCGUGCUGCGUUGUGCGCGCGCGCUGCUGGCGCUGCGCUCGCGGCGACUGUCCGGCGCGCUGCGGCCUCUGCCGCGACUGCUGCACCAGAUGUCCCGCACUACCAACUCCUACGCGGCCAAGCUGCGGAUGAGUAAAAAGAAUUUAUUCGGUAAAAUGACAUAUAGCCAAAGAUUUAGCACGUCUAGUAAUUCAGAAUUAUCGGAAGAGGACGAAGGACUGGCAGCGCUCAUAGCAGACAUUCAGGCGACAUCGGCGUUAGUGUGCCGGACAGAGGGUGAGGGUGGCGGGGAGGGAGGGGGGGUGCCGCGAGCUCUAAGCGGAGCUACAAGAGAGGCUCGAUACCUGGACCUUAUGCGCACCAUGCAGUUCGAAACGUUCGAGAUGAUAGCGGAGUGCCCGGAAAGCGGGUUCCGUUUCACGGUCCCGUACCACUUCGAAGGCGCGGUGAGAGCAGCCGGCGCCCGCGCAGCUCCCGCGCGGAUGAAACGACUCGCACAAGAAGCUGCGACGUUGGCUACCUCCCUACCACUGUCUUACUCGUCGUCGGUGUUCGUGAGGACGGACACUGACAGGCUGGACGUUAUGAAGGUGCUAAUAACCGGCCCAUCUGACACGCCGUACGCGAAUGGCUGCUUCGUCCUAGACGUAUACUUCCCGGCGGAGUACCCCGCUGUUCCCAUGCUCAUCAACCUGGAGACGACGGGAAGGCAUUCAGUACGGUUCAACCCGAACCUCUACAACGACGGCAAAGUGUGCCUCUCCGUACUCAAUACGUGGCACGGACGGCCCGAGGAGAAGUGGAACGCGCACACUUCUAGUUUCCUGCAGGUGCUAGUGUCGAUUCAGUCGUUAAUCCUUGUCCCGGAGCCGUAUUUCAACGAGCCUGGGUACGAGCGAAGCCGCGGCACGAGCGUCGGCACCAGCGCCUCGCUGGAGUACAACUCUAACAUCUACCAGGCCUGCGUGCGCUGGGCCAUGCUGGACCAUCUGCGCAGCCCUGAGCCCUGCUUCAAGGAGGUUAUCCAGACGCAUUUCUGGAUCAAGCGCAACGAGAUAAUGCAGACGGUGGCCAACUGGAUCACGGAGCUCGAAGGGCAGAGCGGCGACGAGCGCACGCAGCGCACCAUACAGCUCAACCUCAUGGCGCUCAAGCGGCACUACGUAAAACUACAAGAGGAGUUAGCUAAACUGUCAGCGCCCCGAGGGUUAGAGGAACUAGACGAGCCUUUCACUCUACCCGCCGCGCCUGCCCCGACUCCUGCUCCCGACGACAUCGACCACGACAUGGAGAAGAUCGUGGCGCAAGUGCUCGACUGAUGCUUCGCCACAUCACUACACUCUGCGUAGCUUGCGACGUGCUUCGAUGGAUGACGACGGAACCGUUUCGCCAUAUUCCCGACUCGAUUCAGGUUUAGGAGUAAGAUUGGCGAAGGUUGCAGCUUUGCGUUUGCGCUACACUUAAAUUAUAUGAUUGAGCUAUCGUGAAAUCAAUGUUUUUUUAGUGAACGUUGUGAUUCUGAAGAUUUCUACUUUUAUCGUGAGUGAUCAGCGAGAGAGAGAGAGAGAGAUGAAAAUAUUAUCGUCACUUUACAUUGUUCCCUUACAAAUUCAUGUGAAUCUAUAAAUUGAUGAAUUAUGCUUGCUUUGAUGAUUUGAUUUUGCACGUCAGAUCGAAAUAAAGAAAAGCAAAGUUUCUUGUAAUACUGGCAAAAGACAGAACAAGUUUACAAUUGAUUCAGUUGUACUCUGUUAUAUCCAAUUGUUGUUUCUCUCUCUUUUCAUUUAGAUUGAUUACGCAACAUGUGUUCACAUCCUUCACGCUUCAACCAAUGAUGUUCCAUAAAAUAUUUAGACAUAUCUUUCUGAGUGGUGGGAUUUAGAGAUCAAUCAAAGUUCUUAUGUCAUUAUAAUCUUGCUUAAAUGUGACUGAAGUUAAUUCUUUAAACAUACAUUUGUUUUGUGUAAAUUGGGAAGCUGCAAUCGAGCCACAUACAUAUUUUAUUUGUAAUUUAAAAUCAUGCGGUUUAGGAAUGUGGCAAAACCGUUUUGUACGGAUAUCGGACCACCUUGACUCGGUGGGACCUCUUUAGUUUAACACGUAUUGUGAUACUAAAAUGGGCCCGCGCGGCGCCCGGUAAGGUGUUAGAUUAUGUAUAGCGCGCGCCGACGACACGAGACCGCCUCGGUCUGCGGCGGCUUCCGUCUCAAUACACUAAUAUAUUAUAUCAUGUAUAUAAACUAGUAUCGUGUUUUAAUUUAUCAGCUCUGAGAAUUAUUAUGAUUGUGUGUGUAUUCAAAUUUCGCUCUCGUAGAGUGCGACGAGGGGUGGUCCGUCGAGCCGGAUCGAUGUGAUUCGACCCUAUCGACCGACCCCCCCUCGGGUAGUCGAAUUACGUACGGGCCUAGCCUUUUGCGGUUUUAUCGAUUAUGAUUUUAUUACACGAAUGUACUGACAAUAAUAUGAUUUUAUCGAUGUCUCGCGGCGGGGUCGGCGCUCCAAAUUACUUCGUUUAUAAUGUGAAUGAUUGUAUAUAAAAAUCAUAAGUGAGGCCGAGGGUGUUCUCGUUGUAAUUUCAGUGACAGGUCAGUUGAUGUAGGACGGUUCUUGUUAUAUUUGACUGUGAAUUUCGGAAUGUAAAUAAAAAUUUAUGUUAUCUCAA